GGGAGGAAAGAGGCCGCAGAAGCCCGAGCUUGACCGACGGGCAGGCGGGGUCUGCGGCGGCGCCGGUGAGUGACCUGCGGCCCGACUCGGUCCCCACCCUCCGCGACCCUCACUCUUCCUGGAGUCCCCCAUAGCCUCCGUUAUCCCCUCCUACUCCCAAACCCCUGUUAUCCCCAGAGCUCCCCUUAAUUCCUGGCAAUCCUCAGAGCCCCCACAAUCGCUGCAGACCCUAGUCGCUAAUAUUUUAUAGUCCCAGCUCCUCCACUGUCCUAGGAGCCCCCCUACUCACUGUUAUUCCUAGACAUAUUUUCUGAGGACCCCUUCUCAUAUGGUCUUACAGACAUCCCAUUGCCCCAGCACCCCUCAGAGCCCUUCAGAUCCCCCCUUCUUGCUGCACCUCGCCUUCAAUAUCUCCUUAUUCCCAUCACUCCCAAGCUUCUUCGACCCCCGAGACACCCUCAUUCAUCUUCCAUUUCGCAUUCUCCUAUGCCCCCAUUCUCCUCUAACUCCUGCAGACACCCCCUCUUCUUUCGCUUUUCCUCAUGCCCACCAUCCCUCGAGACCCUCCCCCCAUUUCCAUUAACUCCACAGCUUGGCACUUUGCGCUGGGCGAGGCACAGAACUCGCGCUCAGCGGUGUCAGCUAGUAUUAAGUACUCUGCUCCCUGCUGCCAGUGUUCCCUGUCCACCCUCCGACCCCACCCCUGGCCCCGGGGACUUAGGAGCCCGGUGUCUGGGCGGCCAGGGUGGGGCGGGCGGCGCGAGGACGCCUAGCCCCCGCCAGCGCCCUGCGCCCUGUGCCCGCAGCUCCGGCGCCCCCCAUGCGCCUGGCGGCCCGCGGCCGGCGUCGGGGGGCGCCAUGGCCUCGGCGGCGGCGGGCGAAGCGGAAGAGACCACCCGGCUGCGCAAGCCGCGCUUCUCGUUCGAGGAGAACCAGAUUCUGAUCCGCGAAGUGCGCGCCCACUACCCGCAGCUCUACGGCGCGCAGAGCCGUCGGGUGAGCGUAGCCGAGCGCCGGCGCGUGUGGGACGGCAUCGCCGCCAAGAUCAACGGGAUCACCAGCUGGAAGCGCACUGGCCAGGAGGUGCAGAAGCGCUGGAACGACUUCAAGCGCCGCACCAAGGAAAAGCUGGCUCGCGUGCCGCACUCAACUCAGGGCGCGGGGCCUGCAGCAGAGGACGCCUUCUCUGCCGAGGAGGAGACAAUUUUUGCCAUCCUGGGGCCCGGUGUGGCGGGACCAGGAGCUGGUACAGGGGCCGAGCAGCCCUCCGCGGCUGCCUCCUCACAGCCACCCGCCCCAAGCACCUGCACCCAACGCUGUAUGUUGUCAGAGGACCGCAGAGAAGACCGACGGGCAGAUACGCCAGCCCACAGCAAGGGGGGCUCCAGCAGCCCAGACCCCUGGGCUGGGCCCUCCUGCAGUCCCCAGGAAGGGGGCUGCCCACUACCCAAGGAGCGUGAGUCCCCGCCCCCUCCAGCCCUGCAGACGGUCCAGCUGCCCCGCCUAGCCUUGUCUCCGCCGCCCCCAGCCCCUCCACCGCCACCACCCCAGCCACCGCAACAGAUCCAAGUGGCACCCUCGCCUCCCAGCCCCCCGCCCCCUCCACUGCCUCCGCCCACGCCCUCGGCCCCAGAUCCCUCCCUGGACUUCCUGCGGGCCCAGCAGGAGACUGCCAAUGCCAUCCGGGAGCUGGCUGGCACCCUUCAGCAGGGACUGGCCAAACUGAGUGAGGCCCUCAGCGCUCUCCUGCCCCUUCUACCAGGAACCCCAGUGGACCGGCUGCCCCCGCCUCCGCCCCCACCCCUACCCCCGCCUCCACCCCCCAGACCUCUCCUGCCCCCACCUGUCCCCAAGGUGGAGAUCACCCCAGAGCCUGUGUCUGUGGUGGCUACUGUCGUGGACGGGGCAGUGGUGGCAGCCAGGGGGGUGAUCAUCGCCCCUAGGAGUGAGGAGGGGGUCCCCCGGUUGCCUCCAGCCCCACUCCCUCCUCAUGACUCACCCCCACAUAAGAGAAGGAAAGGAUUCCCUAUGAGGAAGAGGCGGGGGCGAUGGAAAUCUCCGUGAAAUCUGAUGUUGGGUUCGCUAAGCUCCUGCCUGCACCUUCUCCCCCAGCUUAGACCGGUGGGGAGGACCAUGCACCUUCCCCAUCCCAGCUGCACCCUGGCCCCCUGCUGCAGGGACGUGAGCACCCCACUCCCUGUACUAGUUAGUGCCUGAUUCUCAGGGGGCCUCAUUGAUGAGUCCCCCAGCCCUUCAGUACAGCGCUGUCUGCCUGGCUGCGUCCCUUAACCCUGACUUCUAAGCCAUCGAUUUUAUGUUAUUUAUUGUUGCCCAUUGUGGGUUGCGGAGGGAACUUCUGGGGUGUGUACAUUGCCCCUUCCCUAACAACUCCUGGUCCUGACUUGAAGAGAGUUGGCCCACAGGGGCCUCCUCACCUCCCCAACCCAGACUUUGGAGGGGGUGGCAGUUGCAAGACAAAUCAGAAUAUGGAUGACAGAGAGGAUACAGCAGUCUGUACCCUAGGGAGAGGGGGGUGGAGUUCUCAUUGGGAGGCUUGGGUUGGGCCCUCUGCCUCCCCUUGCAGAGCUCAACCCCCUCCUUUCUCACCAGUGGUGACAAGAUAUCAAUAAACUUAUUUUUAAUACAA